AUGACGUACUGCACACCUCCGAACCCCCACGGAGAAACAACCAUGACGAACCGCACACCUCCAAAUCCCCACGGAGAAACAAGCAUGACGUACUGCACACCUCCGAACCCCCACGGAGAAACAAGCAUGUCGUACUGCACACCUCCGAACCCCCACGGAGAAACAAGCAUGACGUACUGCACACCUCCGAACCCCCACGGAGAAACAAGCAUGUCGUACUGUACAUCUCCGAACCCCCACGGAGAAACAAGCAUGACGUACUGCACACCUCCGAACCCCCACGGAGAAACAAGCAUGACGUACUGCACACCUCCGAACCCCCACGGAGAAACAAGCAUGACGUACUGUACACCUCCGAACCCCCACGGAGAAACAAGCAUGACGUACUGCACACCUCCGAACCCCCACGGAGAAACAAGCAUGACGUACUGUACACCUCCGAACCCCCACGGAGAAACAAGCAUGACGUACUGCACACCUCCGAACCCCCACGGAGAAACAAGCAUGACGAACGGGCAUCGGAAAACCUAA